AUGCGUCCCCAAGUUGUUCUUUCUGGCCUGCUCGUUCUCCUUGUCUGUGUUUGUCAACAGGCGGAAGCCCUGAUGGUGAUGCGCAAGGAGUCCGCGCCGAUGAGGUGGGACAGACGUUGGUGUCUAUGGGGGUGCAGAUACAUUAGCGUCACCGUCCCAUUACCCUCUGCCACAUCCACCCCUGAACUGGCCGGGGAAGCCACACCGUCCGUCAUCGAAACACCGGAGCCGUCAAUUACUUUCGAAUCAACGGCUUCGGCCGCCAGUCCACUCGCCACAUCGGCAGCUUCGGCUACAGAAACCUCAGCUCCUGUCGAUGCAGCCCUCUCUAUCUCCUCCACCGACACCACCUCACCAUCCGCUGUACCAUCCACUACCAAUAUACAAAGCAGCAGCAGCUCACCAAUGCUGUCACUCUGUAUCCCGUACCUCGCCGCGCUGAGCGCGGUGGCCGCCACCAUUCUUUAUCUCUAA